CUUUAUUAACUCUCUCUCUCUCUCUCUCUCUCUCUCUCUCUCAAGUUUAAACCCCAUGAGGUUGCAGUGUUUGGGGUCGUAGCUCAAGGUAGCAGCAGAAAGCGCAUAGCGUAGCAGAAAAGAUGGGAACUUCGGUGCAGGUAACGCCACUGUGUGGAGUGUACAACGAGAACCCUCUCUCCUAUUUGGUCUCCAUCGAUGGCUUCAACUUCCUCGUCGACUGUGGCUGGAAUGACCAUUUUGACCCUUCCCUCCUUCAUCCCCUCUCCAAGGUAGCACCAACUAUUGAUGCUGUGUUGCUUUCACAUCCGGAUACCCUUCACCUUGGUGCCCUCCCAUAUGCCAUGAAGCAGCUCGGACUUGCUGCUCCGGUAUUUUCGACUGAGCCUGUCUAUAGAUUGGGCCUUCUCACCAUGUAUGACCAGUUCCUCUCAAGAAAGCAAGUAUCAGAGUUUGAUCUGUUCACACUUGAUGAUAUUGAUUCUGCAUUCCAAAGUGUAACAAAGCUAACAUACUCUCAAAAUCAUCAUUUCUCAGGCAAGGGAGAGGGAAUUGUGAUUGCACCUCACGUUGCUGGACAUUUGUUGGGAGGCACUAUAUGGAAAAUUACAAAGGAUGGUGAGGAUGUGAUAUAUGCUGUUGAUUUUAAUCAUCGGAGGGAAAGGCAUUUGAAUGGAACUGUUCUAGGUUCUUUUGUGAGACCAGCUGUUCUAAUAACAGAUGCUUACAAUGCUUUGAACAAUCAGCCUUACAGACGUCAAAAGGAUAAAGAAUUUGGUGAUAUCUUAAAGAAGACUCUAAGGGCAGGUGGCAAUGUAUUACUUCCUAUUGACACUGCUGGACGGGUGUUGGAACUUAUUUUGAUUUUAGAAUCGUACUGGGCUGACGAAAACUUGACCUAUCCUAUAUACUUUCUGACUUAUGUUGCAUCCAGCACAAUAGAUUAUGUGAAGAGUUUCCUUGAGUGGAUGAGUGAUUCCAUAGCAAAGUCCUUUGAACAAACUCGUGAGAAUAUAUUUCUUCUCAAGUAUAUCACACUUCUGAUUAACAAGGCUGAGCUUGACAAUGCUCCAGAUGGUCCAAAGGUUGUCCUGGCAUCCAUGGCCAGCUUGGAAACUGGUUUUUCUCAUGAUAUAUUUGUUGAGUGGGCCAGCGACGUGAAAAAUCUUGUGCUUUUUACUGAAAGAGGCCAGUAUGCAACACUAGCUCGUAUGCUUCAGGCUGAUCCACCUCCAAAAGCCGUCAAAGUCACUGUGUCAAAGCGGGUUCCUUUAGUUGGGGACGAACUAAUUGCCUAUGAAGAAGAGCAAAAUAGAAUAAAGAAAGAAGAAGCUUUAAAAGCUAGUCUUAUGAAAGAAGAAGAAUUGAAAGCAUCUCAGGGGCCUGAUAAUAAUGUUAGUGAUCCAAUGGUUGUUGAUGCUAGCAAUGAUCAUCUAUCAGCUGAAGCUGCUGGUCCACGAGGUGGAGGAUACAGGGACAUAUUAAUAGAUGGGUUUGUUCCACCUUCAACAAGCAUUGCCCCAAUGUUUCCUUGUUAUGAGAAUACAUCAGAGUGGGAUGAUUUCGGUGAAGUCAUAAAUCCAGAUGAUUAUGUAAUAAAGGAUGAAGACAUGGAUCAGGGAGCAAUGCAUGCAGGAGGUGAUAUAAAUGGAAAACUAGAUGAAGGUGCUGCAAGUUUGAUACUUGAUACAAAGCCAUCAAAAGUCAUAUCUGAUGAAAGGACUGUACAAGUCAGAUGUUCAUUGGUGUAUAUGGACUUCGAAGGCCGGUCAGAUGGAAGAUCCAUUAAAAAUAUUCUUUCCCAUGUGGCUCCCCUAAAGCUUGUUUUGGUGCAUGGAUCAGCUGAAGCUACAGAACAUCUGAAGCAGCACUGCCUGAAGCAUGUUUGUCCUCACGUCUAUGCUCCACAAAUUGAAGAGACAAUUGAUGUUACCUCUGAUUUAUGUGCUUACAAGGUUCAACUAUCUGAGAAGUUGAUGAGUAAUGUACUCUUCAAAAAGCUGGGAGAAUAUGAAAUAGCUUGGGUUGAUGCUGAAGUUGAGAAAACAGAAAAUGAAAUGCUUGCACUAGUCCCUGUCUCUUCACAAGUUCCUCCCCAUAAAUCUGUUCUUGUUGGUGAUUUGAAAUUGGCAGAUUUCAAGCAGUUCCUCUCAAGCAAGGGUGUUCAGGUGGAAUUUUCUGGUGGGGCUUUGCGAUGUGGAGAAUAUGUAACUCUCCGAAAAGUCGGCGAUACAACUCAGAAGGGCGGAAGUUCUGGUACUCAGCAAAUUGUUAUUGAAGGUCCUUUGUGCGAGGAUUAUUAUAAAAUUCGUGAAUAUCUUUAUUCACAAUUUUAUCUGCUUUAGAUUUGGCUGGACGCCAAUGAUGAAGUUCUUUUCUUCUCUCCUUCUAUGCCCCUUGAUGUCCUAUAUACAACGUCGGAGUGAUUGAGAUUCUGAUGAAAAGAAGAGAAUACAAAGUUGCCGCAGGUCUCCCUAAAAGGCAAAACAAGAAUGGAGAUCCAAGAAACAGGGUGAUGACUGUUGCAAAGUAGGUUCAUUUGUGUUUUCACUUGAGCAAGAUUCAUAGGGGCUCACUUGCAUUCCAUGUUGAUAAAAUCAUUCUGAUUCAUCAUUGGAUCUCUUUGUACCUUGAAUUUACUAACCAUCUAGGCGCAGCUGUUGCGAUGGUUUCACACUUGACUGAAUAUUGAAGCUUUUUGAGUUCA